AUGAUUGAGGCGAAUACCGACGAUACUUUAGUGAAAGCACAAAUCGACUUCGAAAAUCACGAUUGUGCUGAAGAAAUCAAAAACGGUCCAUACAAGGAGCAUAAGGCGAAUGCAAUCAAAGUUCUCGCGGAUGCUCUGGAAGACAGUCUUUUGCGAAUAAUUGGAAAACACAAGAAAAUGCUAAAAAUUCACAUACUGUGCAUUCACAAAGAUUACGUAGGAAAAGGACUAGGAAAAGAACUGGUGAGGCGAACCGUGGAAAUAGCACAGGCGGAAGAGUGCGAAUGGGUGGUGACAGCUGCAAUGGCAACCGUAACUCAGAACUUAUUUGCAAAGGUAAGAUAGAA